AUGCGCUUUGAACUUUUCUUCUUUCUUGCUACAAGCACCGCCUGGUCGAUAGAGGGAUUCCAAGGCGAUGCUUCAGGUUUCAACAACGGCUGCAAGGGGUUUUCGCCGAUGCUUCAGGCGGAUACAUCCCCUACCCCUCCUGAUAUCUGUCAGCAAAUGAAGAACGGGGACACAGAUCUCGGUCUUACCUCUGUCCAGAUUGAUUUCAAUGAUGCUGGUCUCCGAAUGCAAGUCUUUGACAAUGACAUUUGUAGCGAAAAUGUAGGACGCGUUCUCUAUGAUAGUAACGACGGUCCUUUGCAUGAUGGGUGCAUCGUUGGUCAUGCUAGGUCAUGGUGGGUGUAUUAG